AUGAAUCAAUUAAAACGUUUAUUAAAUUCGUUAAAAAUGAACGAUACUCUUUAUCAACUUACGUAUCUUCUCAAUCCCAUUAUGCCAUUUCAAGGUCAAUGGUGUUAUCGUGGUUCAAAUGUGACUUUUGCCGAAUGUAAUAUUACAAUACCAAUUAGUUCUUGUACACAAUGUACAUUAUCUGGAAUGGUUAAUCAAACAAGAACAGAAUUAUGUGCAACAUGUUUGACUAACAGUCCUGAUAAAACUGGAUUAUCACAUGGAAUGAUUUUUAAUAUGACUGAACGAAUAUAUUCUACCUUAUGGUUGCUCAAUUGUGAACGUGAAAAUUGUAAUACACCGGCUGUUAGUGGAACUUCAUGUAAUAAUGAAAAUUCAAUUUUUAAAUCAAUACAACUAAAUAUUAAUAAAAGUAAUCUAUUGAGUAAUUUAACAACAAUAACAGCUUCACUAGCACAGGAUUAUCAUUGCGAUAUAUAUGAGCAAACAUUUUAA